AUGUCUGCGAUUUCAAACUUUACCGUGCCCAAUGCGGCUCCUAGUCAAGAUACACCUUUUUAUAUCCUUCCUGAUGUCUUGAGAGACUGGCCGUACAAGCGCAUGAUCAGCCCACACUAUCGCGCCGCUCGAGCCGAGUCUGGAAAAUGGCUGGAAAGUUUCAGACCAUUUUCUCCGGAAGCUCAGAUAAUCUUCAACAAGUGUGACUUUGGCCUACUUUCGGCAUUAACUAUCCCGAAGGCAUCUCAUGACGUACUUCGAGGAUAUUGCGAUUUGAUGAACACAUUCUUCGUACUUGAUGAAUACACCGAUGUAGCCAGUGUUGACGACACCCGACUGCUUUGCGAGAUUACCAUGGAUGCCAUCCUAAACCCGGACAAGCCGAGGCACCAUGAUGAACCAGUGAUUGGUGAAAUUUCUCGCCAAUUCUGGAAAAAUUCAUCAGCGCAUGCUUCGCCAGAAACCGCUCAACGCUUUUUGCUAUCCUGGAGAUCCUACAUCGAUUCGGUAAUUGAACAAGCUGCUCAUCGCGAUAAUUCGCGUUACAUCUGUACAGUCGAGGAAUAUAUGGUUGCAAGGCGUGACAACAUCGGAGCCUCCCCAUGCUACGCCUUUUUAGAAAUGUCUCUCAACCUCAAUAUUCCGAGCCAUAUUAUGCAGCAUCCCGUUAUUGCUCGCCUAGAGAGGGAUACUACAGAUAUGAUACUCCUUCUCAAUGACCUGGCAUCUUAUAAGAAAGAAUACCUCGCCGAUGAUGCAGACUAUAAUUUAGUCACUGUUGUGAUGCACAACAACAACGUCGGCAUUGAUGAUGCUGUUAAGUGGAUAUGCGAUAUCCAUGACGAAACAGGGAACAAUUUCCUUAAACUACGCGACGAAGUCAAGGCCAAACUUAAUUUCCCAGAUUAUGGGGAAGACAUAAACCGUCAAAUUGAAUGUUAUAUUGACGGACUUGGUAAUUGGGUCCGAGGUAACGAAGAAUGGAUGUACGGCUCAGAGAGAUACUUUGGAAGCCAAGGAGAAGAAAUAAGGGAGUCACGUAAGGUGUUUAUGACUACCCAUUAA